AGCUUGCUUUCACUCUCAGUCUGACGUUAUCGCAGGCAAUCAAUAAUAAAGAGUGACAACAAAAAAAGAGGGAACCAAUUGAAAGACAAAUUUCCGGCCCAUAUAUUGUUUUUUUUUUGCAAUUUCAAAAGAUCCAAAUACCUUCACUCAACUCAAACACACCUGGUGAACUGAAAGUUUUAUUAAUAACAUCAAUGUUUAUUUAAAUAAAUGUCAAUGUGUUUUCGUUGUUGUUGUUGCUGUUGUUCGUAUUUACUCAAUAUGUGUCACCAUGUCGUUGGCAAGAAUUGGAGCGGGAAAAUCAAGUAAUGAAUUUCUUUGAUUAAAUGCAAGAUUUUGCUUUUUGUUGUCUUUUCAAUAUAAAAGUUCUUACAGCAGACCUUCUGCAAUACAGUCCACAUUUCUCGCUUCGAACAAGAGUUGCAAGAUCUUUUUGUAAAAAUCUACUGUUUUAUUUAUUAUGCCCUUCUUAAGCAUUUCGCGCUCAUUUCUGCUUGUUCUCAUUGCCAUUUUGUCGGUAAUUUUUAUUUUACCCCAAGUUGAGAGCAAGCCUCAGCUGGAACAUGGAUCACCCUUGGCACCUGGAGGACGCUUUCCUUUUACGGUGAACAUGGCCAUACCGCCGCGUGAUCCCAAACUCCCACCCAUUGUAAGACCCGAAAUCGUGCCUAUCCAUGAAGACAACGGAGAAAUGCCACCAGCCAAAUAGUUUAGUACAAAUUUGA